AUGAAAAAAAAAAAAAAAAAAAAAAAGUCGUCCUUCAAAUGUGAGAUGCAAAACUCUUACGACACACACAUACAAAUUUUUUUUUCAAAUUUCAUUUUUGAAAAAUCACUUUUCAUUCAAAGAGGAUUUAACUUACAAAUGUUUAGAUCUGUGAUAGCUCAACAACGUUCCGUUCUUCCAAGAUUGGCCAUACCAAGAAUAUUAAGUCCAGUCCUUUUUUGUUCAUCAAAGUCCUUCCAUUCUUCAUCGCCAUGUUUGGCGAAGAGAAAGAAUAAGAAAAGUAGCAACAAUAAAAACAAUGAGGAAUUGGAUUUUUCUGAAAAAGUUGAUGAAAUUCCUGAAGUUACUAUUGACUUUCAAAAAGUUACUUCGAAUUUCGAUAAUGUUCUAGCUAAAUUCAAUAAAGCGGCCACAGAUAUAAAAUUGGGUAAACUCAACCCUAAGAUUUUUGACAAUUUGGAAGUUAAUAUUGGUAAUCAUGGACAAGAAGAAUUGGUCCCAUUCACAUCCGUUGCACAAACAUCUGUAAAGGGGAGAAAUUUUAUUAUCAACUUGUUUGAUGCAAGCUAUGGUAAGCAUGUCAUAAACUCAAUUAUAGGAUCAGGAUUGAAUAUGAGUGGUACCAUUGAUCCCACCAAUAAAUUUCAAAUUAAAGUGCCUAUUCCAAAUAUAACUGCUGAGACUAAACAAGAAAAUAUCAAACAAUUGAAAGAGAUUUUCGAGAAUCUUAAGAAUAAUCAUAAAUCAAGUUCUUUGAAUUACGUUAGAAGUGAAGCUAGAAACAAAUUUCAAUCGGGAUUAAAACAUAAUAAAAUUAGUGACAAUCAACAUCAACUUUUGAAAAAAUUAGAGACUUUACACAAAACUUAUGUUGAUAAGUUAACUGAUGCAUUCAAGCAAGCUGAAAAAAGUAUUCUUAAAUAA